CUUCAACUUGGUUUAUUAUUGUUUUUUUUUUUAAUUUCCUCCUUCCAUUAAGUUCUCUUCCUUUUUAGCUUAUAGCCAGCCUUCCAGUUUUCUUAUAUAAUUUACUUUCAUCCCCUUAGCCCCUAAUCUCUUUUGUGGCGGCUCCUCCUCUCUCCCUCAUUGCAUAGUCUUGAAUCCUUCUUUUAUUUCAUUAUUUGAAAGAUUCGAUCUAAUAAAAGAAGGAUCUUUUCUUCUGUUACUUUUUUUGGGGAUCUUUGUUUUUUUUUUUUUGAAGAAUCCGCCAUGGUAGCAACUACGCCACAACAACAGCAGGGGGCGACGACGGUGAUGGGUGCUACAAAAACAUCGGCCGAAGAAGAGGCUUUGAAGAGGAAUACAGAUUGCGUUUACUUUCUCGCUUCCCCUUUAACCUGCAAAAAGGGAAGUGAAUGCGAGUAUCGUCACAGUGAAUAUGCCCGUGUUAACCCAAGGGAUUGCUAUUACUGGUUGAAUGGGAAUUGCUUGAACCCAAAAUGCGGAUUUCGGCAUCCUCCCCUUGAUGGCUUGAUGGGAACCCAAGCAACAAGUCCAACAGGUUCCUCAAAGUCUUCGUUGCACACAGCAGCAACUACAGCGCUUUCUAGUCAUAUGCCUUACAGCCAGGGUGCUUCUUACGGCACCAGCAAACAACCGGUGCCAUGUAUUUUCUUCCAAAAAGGGCUUUGCAUUAAAGGUGACAGAUGUGCUUUUUUGCAUGGUCCAACUACAAAUAAUAAAGCCAUGCAACCAGCGGCAACUACCACUUUGAGUGAGUCUCAUUCUUUGAAGAAGACUUUUGGUGCCGUUGAAGCACCUCAGCCACGGAAGUUUCCUCCAUUUAAUGUUUCAAAUACUGUUGGAAUAGCUUCUGAAAAUAAAACUGCUGCUAAAGUUAAAGCUGCUUUCACUAGGAGUGGUACUGGAAAUGAGAAACAUGUGCCUCACACAAUUGAUGAGGUACUUCCUCGACAUAGAGCAACAAAAACUACUUCAGUUGUUAAUGGCGGCUCUAUGGUCCAUUCUAACCGCAUGCAUCAGGCCCGUGCUUCAGAUGAACCGCGUUUUCAUGGUAAGGACACUGAUGAAUUUUUGAGGGAAUCUUCUCCUGGUUUUGAUGUUCUCGUGGAUGAUGAGCUUAGAGAUUCUGAUUUCUACCAUGUUGAAGGCCAAUAUGGAGGUACAAGACGACUCGAGGGCAGGAAUGUGAAUGAAUAUGACAUUGGUCGAUCUGCUAAUUUUGAUGCCACGGCUGAUGUUGAUCAAGAAAUGUUUCAUGAUCAAUGUGGCUACGAUUCAUUUGACCAUGUACAAGGGAAUUAUGAUUGGAACCAACAGAGGGCUUCAUCUGAGAGGAAACCUCUGGGAUCAUCUACUUUUGAGAGAAGGGGUACCUCAAGAGUUGAUACUCCUGAUCAUGUUGAGGAGUCAGACCUUCGACAUCGUUUGGCUAAGUGUAGGAGGGUUAAUGGCCUGAAAUCCGUUGUCAAUCAUGAUCAAGCCCUGGAAAAUUAUGAAGGGGAACGACCUUACCGGGGUUCUUCACAUGAGAGGUCCCUGAGCAGUCGUCUUCAUGGUAGAAUAAAGCUUCCCGGGAGAUCUGUUGGCCAUGGACCUGAUUUACCUUCAGAAAGGGAGAUGGAAAGAGGGAAAAACUGGGGACGACACUCACCAGGAAAUCCUCAAACCCCUUCCCAAGGUAGGCUUCAUGACAGAAUAAAAGGAAGGCUGGAAGGGGAAUUCAACAACAAUGAAGGUCGAAAUUUCAGUGGCCCAAGGAUUAGAAGAGAAGUAAUGGAUGAGAGGAGCUCUGAGUUUGCAGGUCCAAAAAGUCUUGCAGAGCUGAAAGUUGGAAAGAACACUGAUAAUAAGGAGCACCAGUCUCUUGGAAAGCGAAAGAGCAUUGUAGAUCGUCAACAAACUGAAGGCGAUCUUUCAUUCAAAGGGCCAAUGCCUCUUAGUGAGAUUCUGAAGAGAAAGAGACAAUCAGAAGGUGUAGCUUCAGGGAAUGGUAUAGCAUCCAUAAAUAAAGAAGACGUUAAACAAAAACAAAGCAAGGGAAGCUUGAUUAGCAUUUCCAAUAACAAAGAAGCAUCAGUGACACUGAAAGGGGCAAACAAAGAGGAAGAAUCCAGUCCCACAACUGCAGAUAUCGGGAUAACGAAAGUCACUCAUGGUGAAUCUUCUCAACCACUCAACACGAGUGAGGUCGAGGCCGAGGAUGGGAUCAUUGGAGAUGAGAGCAUAGAAGAUCAUGAAUAUGAGGCAGAUGACCAAAGGGAAGGAGAGAAUUAUUAUGAACAGGUUGAUGAAGGGGAAUAUAACUAUGAGGAGGGUGAAAAUGUGGACGCUGAAGAGGAAUACAUAGAGGAGGACGAAGAUGGUGAUGACUUUGAAAAGAAACUCGGUGUCAUGUUUUCAUGAGGAUGGUCCCUCGGAUAGACUGCUUCAAGCUUUUCUCCCUAUGAUUAAUGCCGGGUUUUAUGGAAAAGAUCCAUUGAAGCUGAUUUAGGUUUUGCUUCAAGUAAGAGAUAGCUCAACUAUAUUGGAAUUUCAUUGUAGAAGUAGAUAAAACAUUAAGAGCAAGCUCAUUGUAUUUAAAAGCUUUGACUGAUAUGAAUUUGGAUCCCUGCUCUGCUUGACAGCCCUUCUGUUACUUGUGCUCACCAUUUGAUUAUUAUUAAGUGAAUGACUGCCAAAUAG